AGUUGGCAACGCGGAAUCGCAUAUGGAAAGCGGCCAGCAGCGUUGUCUUAGCGUUUUAGCAUUUAGUUUACAAGUAAACAAUUUUACAAUUCUAGAAAAGGACCUGAAAAAUGUCUGGAAGUUCAAUAGAACUCAGCUCCUACCGUGAUCAGCACUUUAAAGGUUCACGCUCGGAACAGGAACGAUCUCUCAAGGAAUCAACCACAUUAUAUGUGGGUAAUAUGUCAUUUUACACAACUGAGGAACAAAUUCACGAACUUUUUUCACGAUGCGGGGAAGUUAGGCGAAUAAUUAUGGGUUUGGAUAAAUAUAAGAAAACUCCAUGUGGAUUUUGUUUUGUCGAAUAUUAUACGCGUGCCGAUGCCGAAACUGCAAUGAGAUAUGUUAAUGGUACCAGACUUGACGAUCGUUUGAUUCGAGUAGAUUGGGAUGCAGGCUUUGUGGAGGGCCGACAAUAUGGCCGUGGCAAAACAGGCGGUCAAGUACGUGACGAAUAUCGUACAGACUACGAUGCCGGUAGAGGUGGAUACGGCAAACUAUUAUCACAAAAAUUAGAAAUUGUUCCGAAAAUUUAAUAAAUUAAGCUAGUUUUGUAUUUUUAAAUAAAAAAAAUUGUACAAAAAACUGUUGGAA